AGAAAAGGAGAGAAUGAGAGCACAUGAGGGAAUGGAAGCUCUUUCAUCCCCAGCCAGAAUCAGCACCACAGCACUGGAGAGCGUCACCAAGAGCAGCAGCAUCUCCUAGCCUAAGACUGGUCUGGCAUUGUCUUGGACUGUCCUGCAUUACACACAGUAGACCAGACUUGGACUCAACUUUUGCCAGUCCCCUCCCUUUCUCCAGCCCUGUAAAUAAUUUCAUUGUCAAGGAAGAGCCAUGCUUGACAAGUGGAUGUCUUUUGGUCAGUGGAGAUCAGGCUGUGGGGGCUGAUUUGGACUCAUUCCUGACUUCUCAACUCAUUGCUGCUCCUUUGUCCACCCAUCUUCCAUAGACACUGUGCAGCCAGGCGUGCAUGGAUUAGUCGCUGGGAAGAUGCCUGUAAUGAAAGGCUUGCUGGCACCGCAAAACACUUUCUUGGAUACUAUAGCUACUAGAUUCGACGGAACCCAUAGCAAUUUUGUCUUGGGAAAUGCUCAGGUGCUGAACUUGUUCCCCAUAGUCUAUUGCUCAGAUGGGUUCUGUGACUUGACUGGAUUUGCCCGGGCUGAAGUGAUGCAGAAGAGUUGUGCCUGUAAGUUUCUGUAUGGCCAGGAAACCAGUGAGCAACUCAAAGUGCAAAUUCAGAAAGCAUUGGAUGAGAAAAGGGAAUUUAAGACGGAAAUCAUUCUCUAUAGGAAGACUGGAAAAAGCUGUGUUGGUUCUUCUCUAAGAUGUCCUAAGCGUGCAUCAUUCUGGUGUCUCCUCGACAUUGUUCCAAUAAAGAAUGAGAAAGGCGAAGUGGUUCUUUUCUUAGCGUCUCAUAAAGACAUCUCAAACACCAAGAGAGCGUUUUCACUAGAUGAUGGCAACCCUUCAGAUAAUGAUGAAUUAGAAGUUUACACUGACACCAGGCCACCAGGAUUCAAUGCCAACCGCAGAAGAAGCAGAGCAGUACUAUAUCACCUGUCUGGACAUCUGCAAAAGCAGGACAAGAGCAAACUGAAGCUGAAUAAUAGCGUGUUCGGUGACAAGCCCACAAUUCCAGAAUACAAGGUUGCUGCAAUUCAAAAGUCACGCUUCAUUCUACUACACUAUGGCACUUUUAAGGCAGGUUGGGACUGGCUCAUCCUCUUGGCCACCUUCUAUGUUGCUGUGACAGUUCCUUACAACGUCUGCUUCGCCAUCACUCGAGAUGACAGCACUUCAUCACGUAGCCCGAGUGUUAGUGACAUCUUUGUUGAGAUCCUUUUCAUGCUUGAUAUACUUUUAAAUUUCCGAACAACAUAUGUCAGUAAGUCUGGUCAGGUUGUAUAUGACCCUCGCUCUAUUUGUGUGCACUAUGCAACUACAUGGUUCUUUGUGGACCUCAUUGCUGCCCUUCCCUUCGACCUGCUCUAUGCAUUUAGUGUUAAUGUGUACUUUGGAGUUCAUCUCCUGAAGACAGUGCGUCUACUCCGACUACUUCGCUUGCUGCAAAAGUUGGAUCGCUACUCCCAGUACAGUGCAGUUGUAUUGACCCUUCUUAUGUCUAUGUUUGCAUUGCUUGCCCAUUGGAUGGCCUGUGUUUGGUAUUUUAUUGGGCAGAAAGAGGUUGAACUCAAUGAAAUUGGAUGGAUACAUGAAUUAUCAAAACGUCUAGGAAUGCCAUAUCACGAUAGACUUGAUAUAUCAUCCAGUGGCAGUGCAAACUCAAAUGGUAGUCAUGUGCUUAACCAGUCAUUUUCGGACAUAACUGGUGGACCUUCUCUCCGGAGUUCUUAUAUCACAUCUUUAUAUUUUGCUCUUAGCAGCCUUACUAGUGUAGGAUUUGGGAAUGUCUCUGCUAACACAGAUGCCGAAAAGAUCUUUUCCAUCUGCACCAUGCUUAUCGGAGCCCUCAUGCAUGCAGUGGUAUUUGGUAAUGUGACUGCCAUCAUUCAAAGGAUGUACUCUCGACGGUCUCUUUACCAUACCCGCACCAAGGACCUAAAGGACUUUAUACGAGUGCAUCGUAUGCCCAAGCCACUUAAGCAGAGGAUGCUGGAGUGUUUCCAGACUACAUGGUCAGUCAACAAUGGCAUUGAUGCCAAUGAGCUUCUUAGGGAUUUUCCUGAUGAACUAAGAGCUGACAUAGCCAUGCACCUUAACAAGGAGAUCCUCCAGCUGCCAAUAUUCGAGUCUGCCAGUCGAGGUUGUCUGCGUUCUCUGUCUCUCAGCAUUAAAACCUCUUUUUGCGCCCCAGGAGAAUAUCUGAUCAGACAAGGGGAUGCUUUACAAGCCAUAUAUUUUGUUUGCUCUGGAUCCAUGGAGGUGCUGAAAGACAAUACUGUUCUAGCCAUCUUAGGAAAAGGAGAUCUGAUCGGUUCAGACAAUCUUAACAAGAAUCGGACAAUUAAGACCAAUGCCAAUGUGAAAGCCUUAACCUACUGUGACCUGCAAUACAUCAGUCUGAAGGGACUGCGUGAGGUCUUAGAGCUCUACCCGGAAUACUCGCAAAAAUUUAUCACUGAAAUCCAGCAUGACCUCACCUACAAUCUACGAGAAGGCAGUGAAGCAGAGCUUGAUCAGGAGAGCAAUGGAGGUUUGAUUCAGAAGCUUCCAUCCAUUCUGGAAGAUGAUGAAUUUGAAGAUGAUGAGAAAUGUCCCUUGCCGGUUAGCCCAAGAGGAGUGAGCCCAGUAGAGUCCUCUCUAAAGGUGCCUAAAGCAUAUAGCUCUCCAAUGCUAUCACCUCUGACACCACGUGCUUUUAAAACUCCAACUAAGAGAGCAGACAAGAGCUUUGGAGACAUCUUUGGAUCAAGUGAAAAGGGCAAGUUCCCGGCUGGUGAUGGGGGAAGACCAUGUAAACUUCAGAUUCCUGCUUUCAACAUCAAUGUUCCACCUGUGCUUAGUCCCAGGUUUGUGGACGGCAUUGAGACUGAGUGCAGCUCUCCCACAACUCAGACAUUUGACUUUAAUACCAAACAGCUUAGUCACGAAAGCUCACCAAGGUGUUCUAACUCAGCAGAGAAUGCAGAGACCAGGAAAAGCAUUGUGAAAUUGAAUCAGGAGAUGACCAUACUUUCUCAACAAGUUACACAGCUAAGUAAGGACCUGAACGAGAUGCUUCAGCUUAUGAGGCCUGUCCUUCUAAACCAGAGCUGCAUGCAGUCUCCCUCUGUCGGCCUCCUUACACCUACUCUGAAUAACACCUACAGCAACAGCAGUGGGUUUUGCAGUGGACAGCAGUCUCAAAUGACCAUUCCUAACCUUGGAGCAUCCUGUCCUGGUCAGACAAGGGCAGAUGUAGCACAGCCUAACGCAGCUUGGAUGGAGGCCUUAAAUCAGCCUACGCAGGCUGCCCAACCAGAGAAUUCAUGCAGGAAAAAUGUUCACCCUGCCCUUUCUCUGGAUUCUUUCCUUAGACAUUCAUGUACUCACCACACACAGCACAAGAGUUGUGGCCCAAUGACUGUAAACCAGACACUGUCCCCUUGCCAUAGCCAUUUUCCCCAAACACAGAUGAACCACGUAAGCCAGGUAAUACAUAGUAAUUCAUCCCCAGUGAUGGCUUCUCAUCAACCAUCCAGCAAGCAAAACGAAACGCGGAAAUCCAGCCCCAGUUUUACAUCCAGCAGAUCAUUCUGUAGCCCUCAAGAUGCUGACCAAGUAAAAGACAGAGUGGCCGACCUCUUGGGAUUGAUGACACUAAACCAUAGAGAGACAUCUCCAGCAGCCCUAGAACUGGUCCGUAGUUCUUCGGGAGACUCACAAGGGGACAUCAUUAGAUUUAUAGAUGAUGAGGGCACCAAUGUGUGAACGAUUGUGAAGCCAAAGCACUGACCAUGGGGAAGUUUACCAAAGUGAAGUUCUCCAAGACUGGACCAAGCUACUGUAGGAUACUAUUAUCCUGUUGACAAGAGAAUGUCUAACUACUGCCAGAUUUCAUUGCCAUAAUACUGUUCUUAAGGCAAUGGAAGAAACAGCAUCUGACUAUUAUUACUUUUUUUUUUUUACAAAAAUUGCAAUUUAUAGUGAAACAAAAACAACACCUUUUUAAGGUUGGUUCCGCAUCAUUUUAGCACUCACGGACUUUACAAGUUACUUGUAGCAUCUAUAGAUAAUUGCUACCUGAGCACUAACAAUCUUAGGAAAGGUGCAAGACCCAGUACACAAAUGGUUAAAGGGAACAAAGGUGUCUAUGCGCAUGGAACUUUAAAAAAAAAAGAAGUUUCUUACAGCAUGAUCUUAUCAUCGUUAAUACUGACACAAAUUGGAGCCAAAUAUUUUAAAAGGGAACAUUUCUGGAUGGCGUUCAUUUCUUUCGCUUUUGCUUUUUUUUUUUUUUCGAGUAAAAAUAAAAAAUUAAAUAAAAAAGGGACCUUAUUUUUCUAUAUUUGCUACUUGAAGGUUUAUACUGAACUCUUUUUCUUUUCUUUUUUUUUUUCUUUGUCAAUCCAAAGCAGAAAGAUUUAUUUAACCCUUUCAUUGCUAGAGGGGACUUAAAAAUAAGCACAUAGAUUUGCUGUGAGACUGGACCCUCUGGCAGGGAAACACAUACAAAACAAAAGGGAUCAAAUUAAAGGUGCAUGCUGCGCAACGCAUGGAGCAUUUUCUGGGAAGAGCUAUACCUGAGCAACUGGAAGAAUCUAUUUAUUUUGCUUUAAUAAAGAUAAUG